CUUUCACAGCGGUCGUUCCUCCUACCUUGAGACAUCAACCGAAAUUGUGCCAUAACUUCGAAAGAUUGUUGUACUUUCCUGGAAACGCCACAGAGCAGUGCAGCGAAUAGUGAAAGUGAAUAACAACCCAGCGAAACACAGAAAGAUGAAAAAUAGAAUCACGAGUCUUUUCAGGUGCGCUCAUUUGCUGGCGUUUUGCUUCCUUGCUUACUCAUUCGCCAGCCCGGAAGCCGACAUCGUUUCCUGUGGAGGAUGAAUGUUAAACCGCAUGCCCGAGCUCAAAAGCUUUCUCAAAGACGGCGAAGCAGAAUGGUAUGUGGGGGUUAAUGUGACCUACGUUACGGGUCGUCGAGCGGUCAUGCACAUAUAUAACGAAGGAGGGAGCAAAACGAAAAAAGCAUUGCAUGCUUUGAUGGCAGAAGAAGAAUUUGUCAAAAGGUCGGAGGAAGCAGUAGAGAUGCCACACGAAGAGAGACAAGCAGGGGCGCGAAAAUGGCGACGCCCGCGAAAGCCUCGCAAAAUUAUGAAUCGAGACCAGGAACUGGCGCUGAAAGAAGCUACACUCAGGAAACAGCAGAGACACAGGGAACCAAAGCUAACAGAGCGAGAUUUAUUGGGGAAAACCGCACCCACCGUUACCUCUCCAUUUUUGCUGUACGGAGGACUCCUGGCAACGGCAUCGUGUACAAGUGUUCGACGACGUAGAACACGAAGACGACAUACAAUGACAAUAGGCGAAGUUCGGAAGGGUGAUGCUGGAUUUCAAAAAUGGAAAAGUGUUUCGGUGAUGUAA